GCCACUAAUAUGCAACAGCGCCUGUGCCGUCCUAAAUGAGAUAGAUAGGUCUGACCAUAGCAGCUCUAUCUCAGCCGCCGACACGUCUAGGACCGAGAUAGUAAGAGCCCGGUCAUAUUGUAAUGAAUAUCCUUUAUCUUUACAUCAUGUUCGAUGCGGGAUAUGAGUUCUCAUGGCCGUAGAAUACCCGAAACUACGUUCGCCAAACCCGACGCGAUGCUCGAGAGUCGAAUUGAUGGCCUGCUAACCAACCAUGGUAUGUCAACUGUUCAGGAAAAAUCAGCAUCAAGAAUGCAUUUUAAACUCAUCAUGUGUGUCUAAAAUUUGCCUUGACAGCUUGUAGGGCGCUCACUUUCAA